AAUAAACUCUCCAAAUAUUACUUCUCAGCUUCGCAUAUCAGCAUCACUCAGAUAACACACAUACAUCUGAGACUUGUUGUAAUGGCAACUUCUCUCCAAGCCACCGCAACUUUUCUUCAGCCGGCGAAGAUCGCCACUUCUUCUCCUUCUCGCAACGUUGUUCAUCUCCGAUCUAACCAAACCGUGGGCAAGUCCUUUGGCCUAGAAUCUUCACCUGCUAGACUCACUUGCUCCAUCCACUCUGACUUCAAAGACUUCAUCGGAAAGUGCUCUGAUGCAGCCAAAAUUGCUGGUUUCGCUCUCGCCACCUCUGCCCUCGUUGUCUCGGGGGCGAGUGCGGAGGGAGCACCAAAGAGGUUAACGUACGACGAGAUACAGAGCAAGACUUACAUGGAGGUUAAGGGGACUGGUACUGCGAACCAGUGUCCCACAAUCGACGGUGGCUCUGAAACAUUCUUAUUCAAACCUGGUAAGUACACAGGCAAGAAGUUUUGCUUCGAGCCUACUUCCUUCACCGUCAAGGCAGAUAGCGUCAGCAAGAACGCCCCGCCGGAUUUCCAAAACACCAAGCUCAUGACCCGUCUCACUUACACUCUCGACGAGAUCGAAGGACCCUUUGAGGUUAGUUCAGAUGGAAGCGUGAAGUUCAAGGAAGAAGAUGGGAUCGAUUAUGCAGCAGUCACAGUCCAGCUUCCGGGAGGAGAACGCGUGCCGUUCCUCUUCACGGUGAAACAGCUCGAGGCUUCAGGCAAACCCGAAAACUUCAGUGGCAAAUUCUUAGUUCCUUCGUACCGUGGCUCGUCUUUCUUGGACCCUAAGGGACGUGGUGGAUCCACUGGAUACGAUAAUGCAGUGGCUUUGCCUGCGGGAGGCAGAGGUGACGAGGAAGAGCUGUCCAAGGAAAACGUCAAGAACACGGCUGCUUCGGUCGGAGAGAUCACUUUGAAGAUCACAAAGAGUAAACCAGAGACAGGAGAAGUGAUCGGAGUGUUCGAGAGUCUUCAGCCGUCUGAUACUGACUUGGGUGCUAAGGUACCAAAGGAUGUUAAGAUCCAAGGGGUUUGGUAUGGUCAGCUUGAGUGAUUGUUCUAAUCCGAAUCUGUUUGUCACAAGUUGUAUUAAAACAUCUUCUAUAUAUAUCAAUAAAAAUGCUCGAUAAAUAAAUAUAA